UGCUCCGUAUGCGUCGACGGCCGUCCAAUUAUCAAACGUACAAAGCGUUCAUUAGACUGUGUUCCCUGUACGUAUCUCCAGCCAACAGAGAGCAUCAACAAUCCGUUUGCCGUCCAAGCGCCUGUGUCGCCUGUUGGCAUUCCUCCACCGCAUCUUCGCGGAAAGAGAGCAGGGUGUCUCCCACAUCCGCAAUGCAUGCUGGCACCACGUCGAGCAGAAGAAACAUCGAAUCUCAGUACUGUGAACCAUGCAAUGGCGGGUAUUACGGUAGGAAGAAGCGUGAAGCCGAGAGAGAACGCGCAUCGUCUCGCCGUUUCAGGAGAGCCGCGUGUUUUCCCAGGAAUACUUCCCUUCUCCAACCCCCGAACCUAUCGUAAAAUUUUCCUUGAAGAGUUCUCGAGUAAUCCUGAGAAGUGUCUACGCCGUGAAAAGCGUGCCACCGGCCCCGAAUGUGAAGUGGACGAGUUCCUUGUGACUAGAAUGAAACGGCAAGCGUACAAUCCUUCGGGAAUUCUCGACAUUGUCAAGCUACUCAGUAAGACUAUGGGAGAAGGAGGUGGAUUCAGCUGCAUGCUGGGUGGCAUAAUUUGCCAGGGCAACUGUGUACUUGCACAGAAGGAAGCGACGAAAGCGACAUGGAUGAGGAUUGACAAGGAAGUUGCAGCUCAUAAGCAGGCUCUCAAGGAGCACGAAGAGCAGCAUAUUCGUCAAAAGCGUCAGUUCUUCUCUCCAGACGCAGGCGCGGCUUGUGUCCCUUGUCCCGCCUGGGUUACGCUCGCACUGGCUAGUCGGAAGAAGAGAUCCACGAAUUCAUCCGAGGAAUCUGAAGAAGAGCAGUCUCCCAGAAUGACGCUUUCUGAAGCGAUCGCCGACAUAAGGCGCAAAGCAGGUUACAAAUUGGGCUUCGAGGCAUGGAAAACGCAAAAUGCCAGGUUUUGUACGGGCGGUGGCUCAGUGGAAGCGAGUGAAAAGAAAUUCGGAUCACCAUACUAA